UGUUGUCAUCAUUUGGUGGAAGUCAACGGUUACGGUACAGAGACGAGUGGGCGUGGCACAUCACAGGUGUGCGACGGGAGAAGGAAAUGGGAAACAGGAAAUAAAGAAGGUGGUCUGUUGUUGAUGUUGCUUCCUCGACGUAAACGAAAACACGUACUCUCCGCUGACAGCGUCUAAAAAAGAUGCCAGAGAGGGGAAGACACCACCACAGGAGCGAUGUGUACACGGAGAACAAGAGCAGAGACAGAGACAGAGACUAUUCACCUCAUGGAGGAGGCCGCGCUUCAUAUGACAGCAGAGGACGCGACCAGAGGCCGAGAGACAUGGACACAAGAGGCUCUGCUGGUGACAGGAGGGACGUGACGAGUGCCUCUCACAGGGAGCCAGCUGCUUACAGAGACCACAGACACGAGCAUGAAGGACCCUCCAAACUGUCCAGAGAGACACCGGUGCACCACGCUGAGCAGGAGGACGAGUAUUAUGUGCAACAACACAGACAGGCUCUUUACAACCUGAGGUACAUCUUAACAAGCAGAGGUCUGUGUCAGCUCAUGGAGGUAUUUGUGAACCUGCUGAUCAUCAUCUGUGCCGGAGUGCCUUACAGCAACAACGGGGGUUACCGUGACCUGGCCAGCCUCGGCGGAGUCUACUAUUAUCACUUUGGCGGCGCCAACGCGUUCACUGGAGCCGACGCAGACCGAGUGAAGGAGCUGGACCGGCUGUUCCAUCAGCUCAAACGCCCACCGUACGUCUUCGCCAUGGCCUGCGGGGGGGUUUUAAUGAUCUACGCCUUUGUCAUGCUCGGCCUGGGGAUCUUCCGCGUCCCUUACCGCUGCCCUCCUGUGCUGCUGGGCGAGGCUCUGCUGAACUUCCUGAUCGGCCUGGGUUACAUCCCCGCUCUGGCCUUCUACUUCAUUAAGCUGCAGGAAACCUACAAUAAUCCCAUCUGCACAGAGAGAGAGGAGAUGUACAAGAGCAAAGGGCACAAGGGCUUCGAGUGUCGGGUGCACGGGGCGGACAUCGCAGGAGGCCUCUUUGGGGCGACCGGGGUGUUUGUUUUCAUCUUUGGUGCAGUGUUAGCCGUCAGAGCGUUCAGGUCAGUGCGCGACAGGAAGCAGCAAAGAGCAAACGAGGACAGUCAUUUUUAGACUUUUUAUAUCUAUUGUUAUUUUGUAUUAACUCUUGUUUACUCUGAUGAAUGAAUCAACGCAGCAUCUUGUUUAGAAUAUUUAAAGGGGCUAUAUGUAAGUUUAAAACAGGCACUUUAAUCUACAGUAAUUUGAUCAAAUAUUAGUUAUCCUCUUCCCCCUCCUCCCUGGAGACUCGAGGUCACCGUGUCGUUUGGUAGUUUGAGGAUUCAGUCCUGUACGAACCAUGAUGGAUCAGAACUGAAAUCAGAACUGAAACAGAAGUGGUGCAGCACCUGUACCCGUCUAAGUCUGCACCGGAGUCAGUCACCAUUAACAUACGGCCCCUUUAACCUUUACUCAAAGCUGCUUUUAUACUCUUUUUAUGCUUCAGUGCAUUUUUUACAUUGAAUGUUUCACCGUUGCCUCUCGUCGAGUUUACAGAACUGUUUACAGCGUCUUGCCUUGUGUAAAUGUGUAGUGAUACUAAACUACUCAAUGUGUCAUGUUAUUAUAUACACACAUGACAUACAUGUUACUGUUCAUCAAAGUGUUGUGCAAUUGUUUUAUGUUUCCUUUUAGGAAAAUUAAAUCAGUUAUUAGGAAAGUGACCUUGUCUGCGUUUCCAAAAUCAUGAUGAAUUCCAUAGAUCUUCAUACAGUUUCUGCUGUUUUUAAAGGAAAAGUGUCACAUUAAAUGUAGUGAAAUGUAUAUUUGUUACGAUGAGGAUGAUUUUUGGAUUUUAUGUUUUGUAUUCAAAGUUCUUAUAGCCGUAAAUAUUAAA